CGCAGGCGCGGUGCCGACCCCAGUCGCGCUUGAUGGCGUUGUGGUUCGGGCGGAGGUUAAAUAUGACAAGGAAUUUGUCUACGGGAAUCUCGAACACAACACGCCAGUUUUGCUGUCUCUGUCCAGAUAUUUAAGAAGAGGAGCAAGGGAUUCACUUGAUUCACUGGCGUGCCCAUCAUUUUACACAGGGGGAAUGCAUUCAUCUGCUCAGACAGUGGGAAUGGAUUCACUCGGUCAUUUCAACUGAAGUUCACACUCGACAGGGCCAUUCACCUGUUGUAAGUGUGAGAAGGGAUUCAGUCAGUUAUCCCACUUGUGGACGCACCAGUCAGUUCACACUGGCCAGAGGCUGGUCAUUUGCUGAAUUUGGGGGGAAGGAUUCACUCGAUCAUCUGACCGAAUGGCUCACCAGCAAGUUCACACUGGGGAGAGGCCGUUCACCUGCUCAGACUGUGGGAAGGGAUUCAGUUGCUCAUCUAAACUGAAGGUACAUCAGAGAGCCCACACUGGGGAGAGGCCGUUCACCUGCUCAGACUGUGGGAAGGGAUUCACUAUAUCAUCUCACCUACUGAGACACCAGUCAGUUCACACUGGAGUGAGGCCAUUCACCUGCUCAGUGUGUGGGAAGGGAUUCACUAUAUCAUCUCACCUACUGAGACAUCAGUUAGUUCACACUGGCGAGUGGCCGUUCACCUGCUCGGAGUGUGGGAAGGGAUUCACUUACUCAUCCCAACUGACGAUACAUCAGAGAGUUCACACUGGAGAGUGGCCAUUCACCUGCUCAGCGUGUGGGAAGGGAUUCACUUGCUCAUCUAAACUGAAGGUACAUCAGCGAGUUCACACUGGGGAGAGGCCGUUCACCUGCUCAGACUGUGGGAAGGGAUUCACUCGGUCAUCCCACCUACAGUUGCACAGGACUGUUCACACUGGGGAGAGGCCGUUCACCUGCACGGACUGUGGGAAGGGAUUCUCUUCUUCAUCCCAACUAAAGGUACAUCAGCGAGUUCACACUCGGGAGAGGCCGUACACCUGCUCGGACUGUGGAAAGAGAUUCACUUACUCGUCCCAACUGAAGGUACAUCAGCGAGUUCACACUGGGGAGAGACCGUUCACCUGCUCAGACUGUGGGAAGGGAUUCGCUCAGUCAUCUGAACUGAAAGUACAUCAGAGAGUUCACACUGGGGAGAGGCAGUUCACCUGCUCGGACUGUGGAAAGAGAUUCACUUACCCAUCCCAACUGAAGGUACAUCAGCGAGUUCACACUGGGGAGAGGCCGUUCACCUGCUCAGACUGUGGGAAGGGAUUCACUAAAUCAUCUCACCUACUGAGCCACCAGUCAGUUCACACUGGCGAGUGGCCAUUCACCUGCUCAGUGUGUGGGAAGGGAUUCACUCAGUCACCUGAACUGAAGGUACAUCAGAGAGUUCACACUGGGGAGAGGCCGUUCACCUGCUCAGUGUGUGGGAAGGGAUUCACUAAAUCAUCUCACGUACUGAGCCACCAGUCAGUUCACACUGGCGAGCGGCCAUUCACCUGCUCAGUGUGUGGGAAGGGAUUCUCUCAGUCAGCUAAACUGAAGGUACAUCGGAGAAUUCACACUGGGGAGAGACCAUUCACCUGCUCAGAUUGUGGGAAGGGAUUCACUCAGUCAUCCAUCCUAAUGGCACACCAGCAAGUUCACAGUGGGGAGCGGCGUUUCAACUGUUCAAACUGUGGGAAGGGAUUCAUUCGGUUAUCUCAUCUACAGAGACAUCAGUCAGUUCACACUGGGGAGAGGCCAUUCACCUGCUCAGACUGCGGGAAAGGAUUCACUCGGUCAUCCACCCUAAUGGCACAUCAGAGAGUUCACACUGGAGAGAGGCCGUUCACCUGCUCAGACUGUGGGAAGGGAUUCACUUGUUCAUCCCAUCUGAAGGUACAUCAGCGAGUUCACACUGGGAGAGGCCGUUCACCUGCUCAGACUGUGGGCAGGGAUUCACUUGUUCAUCUCAACUGAAGGUACAUCAGCGAGUUCACACUGGAGAGAGGCUGUUUACCUGCUCAGUGUGUGGGAAGGGAUUGACUCAGUCAUCUGAUCUACAUACACACAGGCGAGUUCACACAGGAGAGAGGCCGAUCAGCUGCUGAGACUUUGGGAAGUAAUUCUGUCAGCCAAAUCAACCAAAUGUGAACUCAAAUCAUUGAGUUCACAGUGGGGAGAGGCUGUUCAUCUGCUGUGAAUGUGGGGAGCGAUUCACUCAGGUCAUUUAACCUUAUGUAACUCUUGCUUCAGCUAACAACUUAAUAUAGGGGGUGAUAGCCCUUGAGCUUGGCCAAACCUAAGAAAUCUCGUUUGUGCGAAUGCUGCAUGAUGUGUCCCCUGUUACAAAUCAGUACCCCAAAAAUAACAAAGAGUACACAAUAUACGAUUAAACAAUUGAGCUAUUUAAUUCUUACUUUGACUAUAGGAUUAGUAAAGGAAACAAAUAAAAGUAAAAGGGCCCUUUCUCUCCAUUCGUGUCUUCUCAUCUCUCCCUCGCAAAUGACCGUGAAAAUCUACCUUCCAGACUCACAGGAAAAAACAAUAUCUCUCUCAUUGGAUAGCUAGGCACUCCAAAACCCUGUUAUUUCCAGUCAUAAGCUAAACAUUGCUGCUGCAGAGAAACCAUUAGCUCAGCAGUGAAACAGAACAGAGAGACCAUUACAUUAGCAGUGAAAUCUCACAGCAUGUUACACUUGUGACACACUACCGGGUUCACACAGGGGAGAAAGUUUCAAUAAGUUGCAUGCUGGAUAUUUGUCCAUCACUGUUGCUAAAGCUAUUUUGAGAGUGACUAUCAGUGCUGAACUCUGCAAUUAUUGCUGCUGCUCACCACAUCCAGUUCUGGGCAUGGGAGGAGUUUCUUCUACUGCAUAUUCACCUUUAAUGGGACUGGAGUUUAAUAUUGAGUGGGGUGGAGUGUGGCCAGUGAAGAAGUGGAGCUUUGAGGCUUUGGCUCAAGUAGUUUUGGCAGAUGGAUUGUGCAAUCAAGUCAAUCCAGAUUUGAAUAGCUCCUGGAGGCUGUGCCUGUCUGUGAAUGGAGUAAUAGCAGUUUCUGAGCUGCUCCUAGUUUUGUCCCUCUCCCCCAGUUUAAACCGAAUUUAAUAUAUUCAGUUGCUGAUUCUUGAAGGGGAACAGUAUGUCUUUGAGGAGUGGGAAAUACUUGUCUGAACCUUGUGAUAAAGACAACGGGAAAGGAAAGAUGCAAAAGGAAGGAUCUGAUGAAAUGCCAUUGUGGGUGAAGAUAUGGCUUGGAAACAGUUCAUUUAAAGACUAACUUGAAAAGAAUAGUAAUGAAAUGAUGUCAUUUCUGGGAACACUUAAGGAUCUGGAAGCUCAAGUCACUACACACAAAGAGGAAUUGAAGAUAAUUCUGCUAUAGAAAGAGCACACAGAACACUUCGAAAUCUCAAGAUCCAAAUAAACCAAGGGCUGUUCUGGUUUGUAUUCGUUAUUUUAAGAUUAAAGGUCAAAUACUGCAACAGGCAAGAAAACAGAGUUUUUAGAUUUGAGACAUCUGAGCUCGGUUUUUAUGAAGAUUUUUCUAAGGAGUUAAUGGAACGAAGAUUAAAAUUUGCUCUGGUAAUGAAACAGGCAUGUGAUAAGGAAUUGUUUCCUUCCUUGCGUAACCCAACAAGGAUUAAAGUUUUUUCCUCCUGAUUCUCCUCGUACAUUUUGUGAUCCUAAAGUUGCACUGGCGUUUGUUUAAACUAUACCUGCUGCGACUGCUGAUUGAACUGUCUGGCAUAUUAUCUGCAUAAUAGCAUUUCCGAAAGAAGAUUUAUGAAGGCUACUUGGACAUUUCAUUGAGAGACUAUUAAAAGAAAAUUAGGGGACUUGUUUAUUAUUGCAUGUCAUUGUUUUUUUUUGGUAAGAAGAUUUAUGGUUCAAGUAUGACUGUUUAAAUGGUUAUUUGGACAUUCGACGGAGAAAAAGAACAUAAAAGGACUUACUCCUUUAACCUAAUAUCUGGUUUGAUAUUUUUUGUGUUUUUUUCUUAAUUAGCUAACUGGUAGUUUUUCCUACUAAUGGGAAAGCAAAGCCAGUUAGCCAGUUUCGAUCCCUUCUAAACCAUUGUCGGCCUUCGCUCUUGUGUUGCAGCUGUAAUCAAUCGCCUGAAGCUUAACCUCUACCACUAAUACUUCUCUGGAAGAUUUCCGCUUUUCCGCAUUCUACAAGCUACAACACAUUCGCGAAGCCAGCGGCGGUUUUGGUGGAAGAAUUUUUCUCUUCACUAUGUAUAACUUUGUAGUGCUAAAAGUUUUCUUUUUUGUAAUUGAUAAAAAAUAGAGCUGAUGACGAUGUUGAGAGACAGGAAGUCGGAUUAUGGGGUGAUUGUUUUUUGAAGAGCUUGCUGCUGCUUUCUGGAAGCUCUCUUGCUAUGGGGUGCGAGGCAGGGGGAGGAGUGGAGCGACUUUCCUCAUUUCAGGGACAAAGGAGGGGUAGGAGGAACUGACCUCCGGUCGCUUAU